CGCGAGAGCGCGCUUUCCGUGUCUGGUUAGUGGACUGACAGCCAGCUGUGUGUGCAGCUACAACGACAACAGCAACCUCCUGGAUUUGCCACUCACAACUAGAUUAGUGUUGGCCUACUACUGAUAUAUGAUCGCGAACUAUAGCUAGUGUUUUAAUACUCGACGGCGCACGGCUACAGUGAACGGCAUCGGCGGUUUCCGCGCUAGCACAGACGAGCAUUCCUCCAACAUGAAUCCGGAGUGUGGCAGAUGUAAACAAGUCGUUUACCCCACGGAAAAAGUGAAUUGCCUGGACAAGUACUGGCAUAAAAGAUGCUUCAGCUGCGAGGUCUGCAAAAUGACUCUAAACAUGAAGAAUUACAAAGGCUUCGAGAAGAGACCAUACUGCAAUGCACACUACCCCCAGACAAAAUUCACCUGUGUGGCUGACACUCCAGAGAACCUCCGCCUCAAAAAGCAGAGUAUGAUACAGAGCCAGGUUCUCUACAAGGAGGAAUUUGAGAAGAGUAAAGGAAAAGGUUUCAGCGUGGUUGCUGACACGCCGGAGUUGCAGAGAAUUAAGAAAACUCAGGAUCAAAUCAGCAAUAUUAGGUACCAUGAGGAGUUUGAGAAGAGGAAGAUGGGAGGAGAGCCCCCAUAUCAGCCAAUUCACCCCAGCACUGAUCAUUUUGAAGAGGCGGCAGCAGAUGGGCGUGCUAAGGCGGGAGGAUGGACAGCAUCUAAGACAGCUCACCAGCCCCCUGCAGGACCUCAGAGCUUCAAUUAUGACGCUCCUCCUGAACAAGUGAGCCAGGCGGCCGCUGGCCCUCCUCCCAGUGCCGGGAAGCGGUACAGGGCAGUGUACGACUACUCUGCUGACGACGACGACGAGGUGUCCUUCAUGGAGGGGGAUGUGAUUGUAGAUGUGCAGCCGAUCGACGAGGGCUGGAUGUACGGGCGCGUGGAUCGUACCGGCCAGCAGGGCAUGCUGCCUGCCAACUAUGUGGAGGCCAUCUGAGUGAGAGGAAAAGAAAAAGAGGGAGGAGGAGGUAGAGAAAGGGAGGGAAGGAAGGAACGGAAAAGCCCAGUGCCAUCUCAUUCUAAUGCCGCUUUCUCUUGAUUUUACUCUUGUUCCUUAAUCUGUCCUGUGAGAAUUUGCCCGCCCCCCGCUUCCCUAUUCUGCUCUCACUGUUCAGCGUGCCCACCAGACACCCUCUGUCUGUCUGUCUGUCUGUCUGUCUGUCUGUCUGUGCCGACGUCCGUCUCUGUUCUGAAUGUGCCAUCAUCGUGUCAUCUUCAUCCUCUUCCUCUAACCCUGGCUCCACUCUCGCGUUGUCACAAGUGGAAAACUGACAAGUCUUAAAAAACUAAAGCUCGCCAAUCAGUACGUCAGGGAGAGUCAUGGCGUGUUGCACAGCUGCAUCACAGCUAUAGCACUUAAAACAACCCUGACGCAUCAUGCAGAAACAAAAAAUGUUGAAAGCCCGACUUUUUCCCACAUCUGUAGACAUGAUGCUAUGGAGGAAGUGAAGUUUGACGUGUGGGUGGAUGACAUUCAUAUUAUUUGUUGUGUGUUUUCCUUUCUUUACUUUUUGCAGCGUGAUCUUGGCUAGACUGGAAACACAGUGUAGAAUCUCAGUCAGAACCAGCCUUGAAUAUUUUGGAACUCGUGUACAUUCCUUUAACCCUGUUGCACCCAAUCAGCGCCAGUUUUCAGUCUUAACAGAGAGGAUUUUAAUAUAUUUAUAGACUGACACACACACACAUCUCGCACUCUUGUGCUCAACGAGGCACCACCCGUGUGUUUAGCACUGCAUUGUGGGUAUUGUAGUGAAACUGGAAUAGCAGCCUAACUGAAGAGCACCUCCUGUGGCUGCUGCCUUUCUUGGAUGCGCCGGGUACAGGAGGGAUCAGGGAGAAGUUAGGGGAAAUUAUGAGUCCACGUCUUGCAGCCACACUGAAUGCACCACCUCAGUUGGUGUGGAUGUUCUGUCUUUACAUGUUUAUUUCUGCCUCUUGCAGCCUAAAUGCCUUCAGUCCUCACGAAGAAUCACAAGGAACUAUUGAAGAAAGGUGACGGGAACAGGAACAGUCCCUUUCCCUUUUUGCUCCAAAAUUUGAAUCAAAGAGAACACAUUUAAAAAAAAAAAAAAAAAACAGAAGGCCAAGCACAACUGUUAUCUCAAUUAUUUGUUUUUAUUUUAAAUUCAUUCCACUGUUUUUUGUGAGGGAACAUUCCAAUAUAUCUACCCCCCCCCCCCCCCAUUUAAUGUAAUGGUGGAACUUUGCCUUUGGUGAAUGUCUUUGUUUUUUUUUCCCCCUCAAGCUUUUCUUCAUUUGCCUUUUUUUCUUGAUAUUGUUUUUAAAGGAAAAUGUUAGUGUAAUAAAUAAAUAAAUAAACCAGCUACACAAUUUAUGAAUCAAGACAGAGGAUUUUCUGGUCUUGUGAAGUCUUAGUCCUGAGUCACUUGUGGGAUUUAUCGGCCUGCAGUUUUAAGCCAGAACAGUGCUGGCAGCGAAAUGCUCCCACAUUAAAAGUCUCUGACCAAGUCAUUAGUACUGCUCGUUAUUCAGGAGCUUCUGCAAAAACAGUUUGAGAAAGACGCUAUUAAAAAAGCCCCUGGAAUGCGGUUUUAUUCAAUGCUAUGGCCGUUCAAACAUUUGAAUCCCAUUAAUUGUCAUUUAUUUUUGAUAUUUGACUAAAGCUUUUUAUUUUAUGACCAACACAUGCAGAAAAAAAAUCAAACAUUGAAGUCACUGGUUGCUGAAUCAUUCCUCCGCUUAAAUACUGUAUUUCUGUGAGGACGUCGUCAGACUUUUAGAAACAUACUUGACCAUCUCUCGGUGGUGUAAAUAGUCAAAAACAUUUGUCCAUGACCAUACCGACCUCUUCCCCCUUUUUUUCCUCACUGUUCCAUUCUCCCUUGUGAUGCACUGUGAUUGUCGGACACAAGCGAUCAGGGCAGGUGUGGUGUUUCUGUGGGGUGGGGUGAGGGUCUGGCCCGUGGAUAUUUCAGCUUUAUUAAAAUAAACAAGGCUCUCACUAUGUAGCUAGACAACAUUGUACAGUUGUAUAUGAAUCAUACAGUGGAGUUAGGGACAUGUUUUACAGGUCUUGGUGCUCUGGGCCUGCAGAUAAAAAAAAAAAGAAAUUAAAAAAAAAAAAGCGGCUCAUUUUUUUUGUUUGUGUGACUGUGGCAGAGGGGGAAGCUUUGUGAUCAUAGAAGUUGACUCAUGGAGACGUUCAGUGUGGUGCACGUUGUCAGUUGAUGAUGUACAUUCGUACGAAAAAAGAAAAAUAUGUUUUGCAACUUUCUAAUGUGAUAAAUUGUGACCGUGCUCAUGAAAAUAAUUUACUACCACCUCAAACUGGUAAACAGUCUGCCAAACACAAAUGAAUGAACACACUGUACAGUAUGAAGGCCUGUAUUUUGCAUUGAGCUAGUUUUAGUUUAUGUGCAAAGCAGAUGCUCCAUCAUCAAACUGUCACUCGCGUUGGUGUGCUUCACUUGGACUUGGAGGUUUCGCUUGAAGUGACUCAAUCGAUGUUCCUGAAUUGUGAUGUUUGCUCGGGUUUAAUUUAAUAACAAAGCUACUCACACUCGUAGCCUCUGUAUCCAUUUAGACUUACUGUUGUCCCGGGUCGUCGUCGAUCCGCGUGUGUGGCCUGGAUGAAAUAGAAGCGUGGCCAAUGACGGUGUGCGUCAUCGUGUAAAUGUGGCUCAGGAUGGGGAUUUUUUUUUUUGUAUGUGAAGGCAAGGUCAAAUUUGACCGCGUGAUGAUGCAAUUGUGCUUGGCUAGGGGGCGACAGAGAGCAGCAACCGCAUUGCUCUCGAUCUCUCCCAAACUGUGAGGCAGGACAAGUUGUUUGUCUGACCUGGAUAAUACUGCUCUUCUGCUCUGGCGUCAUUCGUCUACUGAACCGUAACAACAUAUCAUAACCCUGUUUCUGUUCAGUCUCUGUCUAGUAUCCUGUCCACUCAUCUGCUGCCAUCCCUCUUUCCUGCAGUCUUCAUCGCUGGCUCCUGUGCUUCUAGUCAAACCCCCCCCCGCUUCUAUGAUAAUGGUUAUAUACUGUAGACUUUGCAGAGUGAAAUCAUGUAAUCCACAUCUGCAGGUUUAGCAUUCAGACCAAUUUUGUGCAUUCCAUCUUUAAAAUCAUUUUGUUUUUGAUAUCAUUUUUGUUAUUUUUUAAAUGUAAAAAAAUAAAAAUAAAGAUACCGUAUGCAUAUUGACCUACAGUACAUGUGUAUUCAAAACUCAUACUGGAAUACAAACUCGGAACUAAGGACCUGAUAUCAUCUCUUGUUGCCCUGUUACAGCACUUCAAAUUUUACUUAUGAUUCUGCAGACUCAAUAAAAUGUCAUUUUUCUCA